AUGGAUGACAUCGCCAAAAACUGGAAAAUUCUAAGCGGAAUCACCCACUGGUUGGGCUUAUUAGACCCUCCACCACCCGGUCUUCGUCGCUACCUCAUCCACUAUGGCGAAAUGGCUGAAGCCACUUACGAUGCUUACAACAAAGUUAGCGUAUCAAAGAAUGCAGGGAAUUGCCGCUAUGCACGAAAAAAUCUGUUAUCGCGGGUCGGCUUAAUUGAAGGCCGCCCGUUGAGCCAAUACGAUGUGACUAAAUACAUUUAUGCCACAUCAGCUGUUGUACUUCCGGGUGCGUUCGUCAAUUCAGUUUCGAAACAGGCUUGGAGCAAGAAGUCCAAUUGGAUAGGGUUUGUGGCGGUGGCUACAGACGAAGGGAAGAAGGCGUUAGGGAGGAGAGACAUUAUGGUUGUUUGGAGGGGGACGGUUAACGCCUCGGAUAUGAUUCAUGAUAUGGAGUUCCCGUUGGUUUCGGGUCCGAAAAUAUUUGGGGUGCUUAACAAGGAUGACCCGAAAAUGCACCAAGGUUGGUACUCGAUCUACACGACUGAUGAUCCAAAUACACGUUACAAUAAAACAAGCGCUAGAGAUCAGGUAUUGAGCGAGGUGAAGAGACUAGUGAAUCAAUACAGGCUCGAGGAAAUUAGCUUGAGCAUAACUGGGCACAGUAUGGGUGCGGCAGUCGCGACAAUAAAUGCACUAGACAUAGUCAUAAAUGGACUCAACAAACAAUCGAUUGCUCCACCCAAAGCUUGCCCAGUGACUGUUUUCGGGUUUGCUUCACCUGGGGUUGGAGACUCCAACUUCAAUAAAGUUUUCACUCAACAGAAAGAUCUUUACUGCCUGCGGAUCCAAAAUGUGUUAGAUGUGGUUCCAAAAUACCCUCCAAUAGGGUAUAAGAAUGUUGGAAGUCAGAUGACGAUUGAUUUCAUGAAGUCUGAAUACUUGAAGAGUCCUGGGAAUCCUGGAAGUUGGCAUAGCAUGGAGGGUUAUAUGCAUGGAAUUGCCGGAACACAAGGAAGUUUGGGAGGGUUUAAGUUGGUAAUUAAUCGGGAUAUUUCUCUUGUUAACAAGUUUGCAGAUGUCUUGAAGGCUAAACAUGGUGUGCCUAGUUCGUGGUGGACUGAGAAGAAUACCGGUAUGGUUCAAAAGAAGGAUGGAACUUGGGAGUUGCAAGAUCAAGAAGAUCUUGAAUCUGAUCCUUGA